AUUGCAGCCAACUUCAAGUCAUUAAUUUAAGUUCAAUUUCAGUUUAACUAGACGAAUCUCGAAUAUCUCUUUAUUCAUUGAAUUUCUCUUGUGAUUAUUGUUUUCGUUGAAGUUUGUUUGUAGAAAGUAAAUACGGCUUACAUAAUAGUGCUACACUCAUAUCCAAUUAAUGCUCGAAAUGGCAGCAUUUCGCAAGCUUCAACCCGAAAGAAAAAACGACGCGGAUAGUUCUCAGGAACAAAUUGAAUUAAAUUCAAGCGUUGAAAUGCAUUCGCCUCCUCCAAUUUGCCAUAUUCAACCACGGAAACUACGUUUUGCAUCACCGCAGAUCGAUGAAGGACCACAAAAACGGUCCAGUCCAAUCCAGACGCGCUCGUCAGCAAUUGCAGCUGUUUCAGUAUCUGUUUCACCACCUUACCGUAAGGUAAGAGCGUUGAGGCUUUUUGACACCCCCGCCACACCGAAAACAAUUCUGCAAAAAUCGCGAAACCAUCUGUCUGCAGCGGUUGCAGCAGACGUUGCGAAAAAAAGCGAAAUAGAGGAACGACCAAGAUCGCUGCCAUUGCACAGUCGAGUUUUAGACAAUUUUCAACAACAAACCGCAAAUGUGAAUCCUUUUACUCCUGACAGUUUUUUGGCACGAAAUAAAAAGCGAUGUCGAACACAAUUUGGUAGAGACAAUUUGAGCAAUCAAUCACUACAAAUAUUUUUGAAUUCGGAGGAAGAUAAGAAAGUUGAUGGUGAAGGAGAUGGAAAUGUGGAAGUACUGCAAGCUCCGAAAAGAUUAGCUCUGCAAGACACUAAUAUUAGCCGUUAUCAAAAGGAAUUCUUAGAAAUUUCCCUAAUUGGAAUAGGAGAGUUCGGCUUAGUUUAUCAGUGUCUUAAUCGGUUGGAUGGUUGUAUAUAUGCCAUUAAGAAAAGCAUAAAGCCGGUGGCAGGUAGUUUUUUCGAAAAGCGAGCUUUGAACGAAGUUUGGGCACAUGCAGUAUUGGGUAAACAUGACAACGUCGUACGCUAUUAUUCUGCGUGGGCGGAAGAUAAUCAUAUGCUUAUACAGAAUGAAUAUUGCAACGGCGGCAGUUUACAAUCGCUUAUCCAAAAACGGUUUCUGGUAGAAUCUGAAUUGAAAAUUUUACUACUUCAUGUGGCAGAAGGACUACGGUAUAUACAUUCAAAUGAUCUCGUGCAUAUGGAUUUAAAAUCGGGCAAUAUUUUUCUUACGAAAAUGCCGUCAUUACAUAAGCCCAAUUCAACACCGUUAACAAAAGAAUACUAUGAGGAUGGUAUGGAUGGUAUAUACGAAGAACUCAGUAACACAGAAUGUAUUACAACAUAUAAAAUUGGUGAUCUUGGACAUGUAACAUCUGUAAAAGAGCCACAUGUUGAAGAAGGCGAUUGUCGCUAUUUACCAUUCGAAAUACUACAAGAAGACUUUAGUGAUCUGUUUAAAGCAGAUAUAUUUUCACUUGGUAUGACACUGUUUGAGGCGGCCGGUGGUGGACCAUUACCAAAAAAUGGGCCAGAAUGGCAGAAAUUGCGUAACGGCGAAGUUCCAAAUAUAUCAACACUAAGUCCUGAAUUUAAUGAACUUAUCAAACUUAUGACACAUCCGGAUCCGGAAAAGCGCCCAUCAUCAACAUCAAUUUUUAAUCAUCCUAUAUUGAGCUCAUUGGAAUCAAAGACAAAAUCGCAACUCAACCAAGAGUUGACAAUUGAAAAACGAAAAAAUGAAAUAUUACUACGCAAAUUGCGCGAAGCCAAAAAGCUACUCAAACAGUAUGAACAGAAUGGAGCAAAUCAAACGCCAACAGCCGCUAUGGAACAGCGUUGUUUACGCUCAUAUUCGCGCAAGAAACGCACACCAUGCCUCAGCUCUAAAUUGGAUGGUUUGCGCGAUCGCAACAAAAAUGUUAUUAACAAGUUAAAUUAUUGAAUUCAGUAAAUGCUGUCGAUAUUAAUUGCAGAAGUUAUACAAACGAAUUUUACCCAUUGUCCUUAUUUAAUUUUUAUUUUUUUAACUUUAGACCGACUGUAAAUAAGAAGAUAUAUAAUAUGUAUGUACGUCAACGAAUAUAGCUUUAUUUCUCGAUUUUUUUGUUUAUCACUAACGGUGACAUUACUGUUUUAUGAAAAUACUUACAGAUUGUUACUAAAACAAACAUGUCUACCUGAAGGCAAUCAAAAUUGAAUUUGACUUCUUUUAAAGGAAAUAGAAUUAUUAUUAGUACGCAUACAACAGAAGACAACUAAGUAUAUUAUAACUACAAAAGAAAAUUACUUACGAUAUACAUACAUACAAUGUGGACAUGUGUAAGAAUAUUAUGCAAAAAUACAAAUGCCUUUGUAAAACGUUUUGUAUGCUUGUGGUAAUUUGGAUUAAAAAGAUGUACAAUCAUUUUACUUGUUUCAAUGUUUUUUCAUACCAUUUAAUAUGUUUACUUAUAUUUGUAAGAUUUAGUUAGACUUUUAAUUUUUUUAUUUUUGAUGUAAAAUAAAAAAAUAUAACGUGAAUAUUUCAACAUUUGAAACAUCUA